CGCCCUCCCCCACCGCCGCCGCAGCUCCGCGGCCCGGCCCCAUUUCCCGAUGCUGCCGCGGGCCGCAGCGCUGGCGCCGGGCUCCUCGGCGGGGCCUGGGCGCCGCUCGCCGCCGCCCGCCGGCCUGGAGGAGGAGGAGCCGCGGGGCCGGGCCAUGGCCAGCGGCGGCGCCGAGAGCGUCCCGCGGCGGGCGGAGGCGGCGGGGCCGCAGGCGGAGGCCGCGGAAGAACCGGAGGGCGGCAGCCGGCGGUGGGGAGCGCAGCACGCCGGGGCCCGCGAGCUGGCCGAGCUCUAUUCCCCAGGAAAGAGACUACAAGAAUGGAUCUCUGUCAUCUUAUGCUUCUCUCUGAUCUGUUUCAAUUUUUACAAUCUUCUCUUCUACUUGCGACUGGAACACACCCCCUCUGUUAUUUUUGGGAUAUUUGCAGGAGUUAUUACGGCUGACUUUCUAUCAGGAUUAUUUCACUGGGGAGCAGAUACCUGGGGAUCUGUGGAGCUACCCAUAGUUGGAAAGGCUUUCAUCAGACCUUUUAGAGAACAUCAUAUUGACCCCACAGCAAUUACCAGACAUGAUUUUAUAGAGACCAAUGGAGACAACUGCUUUAUGACGCUAGUCCCGUUGGCAAACAUGGCAUACAAAUUUGUUUCAUUUUCCCCAGAGGCAUUAUAUGAAACGUGUCCUUGGGAGUGUUAUGUCUUUGCCCUUAUCAUCUUCAUAACCAUGACGAACCAGAUUCACAAGUGGUCUCACACGUACUUUGGUCUUCCACGCUGGGUCAUAUUUCUACAGGACUGGCAUGUUAUCCUGCCACGGAAGCAUCACAGGAUCCAUCAUGUAUCUCCACACGAGACGUACUUCUGCAUUACAACUGGUUGGCUGAACUAUCCACUAGAGAAGAUAAGAUUCUGGAGGUGUUUGGAGAACAUUAUCCAAGCAGUUACUGGGGAGAAGCCAAGAGCAGAUGACAUGAAAUGGGCUCAGAAAAUUAAAUAACUUUUGCCAGCCUUCUGCAAUCCUUAACUUGUUGCCAAUGUUGGUUUUUUAAAAACAAAAAAAAAAAAAGAAAAAAAAAAAAAGAAAAAAGCCAUCAGCCAAAUUCAAGACCUGCAAAGAAAUAACAGACUCUAAAGCACAAACUAAAAAGUGCUAACACAGACUGUAAUGAAAAGAACUAAUUCUUAAAACAAUACUUGAAAUGAAGAUGAUUACUCUUACUGAGCACCUUUUCAUUUAGCUUACAUCUACGUCUGCUUACAUCUUAGAAAAUACUUCAUCACGGUAUCUCAGAAGGCUAUCGGGCAAGCCAGAAGGCAGGACAGUCACUCCAUUGGUACAUGGUGGCAUAGUAAACAUGUGUUGUAUCAACAUUAUUUAACACUUCAAAAAUAGCUUGUUGCCUAAGACCUAUAGGGAGAAUGGUGACAACAGUUUGUCACUUCAUGUUUUAGCCCAAAUGCACGGCAUGAAAACAGAGUGUCAAAGUAAUGGAAGCCUAUAAAAUCAUCACUGUUCAAUGCACUUAGUGAUUGAUAAACUUACAGCUCUAUCUUCUCUAUCAUGUUAAAUCUAAUUGGUGUAAUGUGAAACAGACUUCGAGAAUCCUACUCCAGCAGUGGGACAUGAAUCCUCAAGUGUCUUCAGUUUCCCAUUAAAAUAAAAUUAUUCUACUCUCUACAUGGAAUUGAGCAAACCGUUUCUGCACAAGCCUUCAACUUAACAAGCCUCUGAGGAGAGGGAGGGCACCCAGUACAACACAUGCUCGCGUUUGCUCAUGCGGAGUGCACACUGAUGAGUCUUCUAUUAAGUGUUUCCUACCCCGACAAUAAAUGUUUAAAAUAGUUCUAGCAUUGGGCACAUUGCAAAUAGCUGUAUUCAAGAGCUCAAGGUAUCAAACUUGUAAUGUUAGAAGGGAAAUGUCAAUGACUGGUGUUACGUUCGGUUUUGUGUUUUUUUUUUUUAAGGUGCUUGCUUGUUUCUGUAAAUAAUAUAAAGCCUUAAUCUCUUCUGGUGUAAUGGAAUAAUAUUUUAAUGUGAUGUUUGAAUGUAUAUAAUAUAUUUAUAACAAAGCAGUUGGAUAAUACUAAUCAUGUUUGUUAA